CGGAAACUGGAAUCAGUGCACUUUAAUAUUCAGUAGUUCGUGAUCGAUAAUAUUGGCUGUCACCGCCCCUUCUCAAGGCUGCAUGGAAUGAGUGUUUCACGUUCGUCACAGCUUUCUGCUUUAUUACAAAGAACGUGCUGAGGCAUUGGAAACGGUGUCCGAGGUUAUUGGGGCCGCAGUCACUGUCGGCCUAAAGCAACAUGGCAGGGCUCUGAAGGACGCCGUCCUAGGAUAUAUCCGUGCUCUUUUCCGCGCAAUUUUGCUGUGAUAUUAGGGCCAUAUAACGCUCGAAUGGAGCUUAUUUAUUGACAUUCUGUGAGCACUCAGUGUUUUACUUCAACACAAGGCCGCUACUCUACCGUGGGACUUCGCCCUGUGAAAGAAUCGAUUUGUAAAAAUGAUGGCAAGCGACAGAACAUUGCGAUGCCCAGACUGCGGUAUGAGCUUUAAUACUAUCAAUAUGAUGACAAAACAUCGGGACAAAUUCUGCGUUGGACGAACCACCACCAGAAUGACACUGGCAAGUGAUGAUUAUUCAGAUUCUGACGAGGAAACGCAACGAUCCAUGCACCCAGCAGGUUAUGAGCAGGUCAGUGAACUCCAAAAGAUGAAACUGUGGCAGAGGCAGCAGCGAAACCUUAUGGACACAAAGGAAAAAAUAUUUUUAGAAGACUUGAAAGCAAAAGAACGAGCCGAACAAAGAAAAGCUGCAUCAGUGAAAAAAAUUCUACAUCGUAACAGUCCCAUGAACAAAAGUCCCAGUAAGGAUUUAUGGGAACUUAAUGCAGAGUAUGAUGAUGUUAAAGGAAGAGAAGAAAAGUUGAGAACUCAGUUGAGAGAUGUAACGGACAUCAUUGCAAGAAGCCCCAUAAGACAGGGAGCUAUUAGCAGAUUAUCUGACAUGACAUUACCAUAUAUGUCAGAUGAUGAUGAUGAUGUUAGUCCAAGAUGGAAAAGAGAACAUCAAGCACAUUUGAGAAGCUUGGCAGAACAACAUGGAGUGCAACUCCGAGAUUUACAAGAUAGAAACAUGGAUCUGGAACGGCAGAAAGAAGAAAUUAGACGCAGAUUAGAAGAACUUGGGCGUCAAGAAUUAAAGAGCAGUGAUUCAACUAUGGAGCGGAUGAUUGGUGCAUUGAAGGACCAAGAAAGAAGAAAUCAAAAAACAUUAGAAGAACUUAAAAGACAAUUGAUUGCAAUGCAACAUAAACCACCAAGUCGGAAAAAGAUUAUUAGUAUUCCCUAUCACACUGGAUCAUUGGUAUCAGAAAUAAGUGCCAUGAGAUUGGCAUACUUACAGAGUGGUGGCAAUGAUCCUGUCAUACUGGCUCAGAUGCAUGAUAUGCAAGCAGAGGCACAAAUGUUGGAAGACAUGUCAAAGAAAAAGCCACCAAAAAAAAAGCCAAAAGAUAAUGGAUUUGACCAGCAGCAAUGGAUGUUAGAAAUGGAAAACCAACGAUUACAAGAGGAAUUAUUAUAUCUACAAAAUAAACGUAAACGACAACAAGAUAUGGAUUAUGCUGAACUGCCUUCUCCAGUAACCCUGCACACAAUUACACCACUGCCUGUAACACCCCCACCUGCCAUCUCAGAUGAUUCACCCUCACCAAUUUCAAGCUCGCGUGAGCUCCAGC